GUGCUGGAAGUGUUCGCUGUCCGCCUGAUGAGGGUUCUGGAAGCGUUCACCAGUCGCCUGAUGAGGGUGGGAGUUUUAUCCAGGAGRGAUAUUCCCAACCUGACCAAGUACCAGAUCAUCCUGGCAAGGGAUCAGUACAGGAAAAACCCCUCUGGCCAACAUGCAGGAAUCCACCAAGGCAUCAUUGAAGGAGAUUUUGCCCUGUGUAUCAGUCUGUACCACGGCUACGAGCUGCUGCUGCAGAUGGGAAUCCGCUCCUUGUUCAUCUACCUUUGGGGGAUCAUGGAUGGAGCCAAAG